AUGGCAUUCUCACGAGCAGCUAUCUUGCGCAACUUGCGCAACUUCCGAGGUAGACCAACCCUAGCUCGCCCCCAGGUCAACCAAGUCGCCAGAAGAACCUAUGCCAGUGGAGGUCAUGAACAUGCCAAGGCAGGUGGUGAUGCAGUUUGGGCUGCCGGAGCAGUAGCUGUCACAGUCCCAACAUGUUGGUUUUUGAUCUCAAACAAACCAGACAACACUCACGGCCACGGAGGACACGGUGACAGCCACGCACAUGCUGAAGAGCAUGAGAAAGAGGAAGAAAAAUCCGACGAAGAGGAGAAGCCCGAAGAGAAAGAAGAAGAUAAGACAGCCGAGGCUGAGGAGAAGACUGAGGAUAAAGAAGAGUCCAAGGAGCCCGAAAAGACCGAUGAAUCCGAUAGCGAUGACGGCGCUAAGGAACAAGACACGCCAGCUACUUCUGACGAUGAGAGCGUUGAAGACACAGAUAAAAACGUUCGCAAGUCAUUUCCCGACGCAAAGGGUGAUAAGAAGGCUCGGUUAGAGAGCAAGCAGGCUAUCAAGCAAGGCGAGGACAACUCACCACCAAAGGAGGAUGAACCGGAGGACAAGCCCCGUGCUUCAAAGGAACCCGGAGGCAAGAACACUCAAUCUGGCAAGCAGGAAGGUCUUUCAAAUACCGAUACUAAACACUCCACCGAUAUCACAAAUAACCCAAGCAAAAGCCAAAAGCUUGAAGGUGCUCCCGAGACUGCCAGACUCAAGGGGACUGUCGACCCAGCCCGUUCCGAGGAUAAGAAAGAAUCCGACUCUUAA